GCAAACAGAGUUGGUGUUGUUAUGCUGAGUGUGCAUGCCUUCGCCUCGCCGCUGACAAGCUGGCCGCGGCUAGCUAUAUGGACUAGCUAGCGCCUAUAGCUGUAACAGUCAAGCUAGCACGGAUAUGAGGGUGGUUAAAUGUCAAAAUAAAAGUGCGCUCGCUCUUAAAGCUGGCCGUUACAGUACACAUUCGGCUGUAGCUGUUUUAUUUUGUAGGCGCUUUCCGGAAGUGUUCAUAACAAUUGCCUGGAAUUGACAAUAUAAAGCUGCUACUAUGCUGAGAUGGCAGCUAAUCUUUUGUAUACACUUGUGAGCUGUGAAUAAAACACGACAUUUAGCUGUUGGUUUUCAAGUGACGUGAAUCUUGGCUGAUUGACGCGUGUGCGGUGAUUUCCACAGCUUCGGGGUCGCUCUCGGCUGCGUGCGGGUACAGUUAUAGUAGGAAGGCUGAGCACGGGGAUUUCCUCGCUUGCUUGUUUUGUAGGCGGGGAGUUGUUUGCCACUUUCACAAGCAGGCGUCGUGGGGUUGGGGACGGAGUCGUGGAAUGUCAAAACUGUGUUACGAGGUUGGCUUUAUGAUAAAUACUUUGCCAAGGUGUCUGGCGUCCACUGUAUCACUGCGCUUCUCGUGGGUUUGUCAACUCAUGCGCUUCUUGCUGUUCAAACCUGCUGCUUCAUCACCUCGUUGUGAGAAAGGAGAAAGAGCAAACCGAGGCAGCGGUUUAGCGAGAUCAGACCAGCCAGCAGUACAGGUGGACGCGGCUCUCGUGGCAUGACUACCGCAAACAAGGGAAACAAGGCCUUGAAGGUGAAGCGGGAGCCAGGAGAAAAUGGCACCAGCUUGACAGAUGACGAGCUGGUGACCAUGUCAGUACGGGAGCUGAACCAGCAUCUACGGGGCCUGUCGAAAGAGGAGAUCCUGCAGCUGAAGCAGCGGCGGCGUACCCUCAAGAACCGUGGCUAUGCUGCCAGCUGCCGGGUGAAGCGCGUCACCCAGAAAGAAGAGCUGGAGAAGCAGAAGGCUCAGCUUCAGCAGGAGGUGGACAAGCUGGCCACGGAAAACGCCAGCAUGAAGGUGGAGCUGGACGCUCUGCGUUCCAAGUACGAGGCCCUUCAGAGCUUUGCCAGGACUGUGGCCCGCAACCCCGUCACAGCCAGGGGACCUAUGGCCUCCGUCAUAGGGCCCCUCAUCCCUGGUAAAGUAGCUGCCACCAGCGUCAUCACCAUCGUUAAAUCCAAAACGGAGGCUAGAUCGUAGUAGCAGAAAGAGUAGGAGAGUUCUUCUCAAGACUAAACUCGUCAGUGCAUCGUAACAUGGCGCAGGAUUACCUGUGUAAAUUCUCAGUUGGACCCUUGGCACGAACUCUAAAAAUAUGCUUCCCAUCUGAAUCUGAAAGUACGACUUCUAAUCUGUCAGGUCAGAGUCAAUCUGAUCCUGCAAUGUAGGAUUUCCCAGCUGGUUAUGGAUGGAUGAUGACAGAACUGAAAUGUUUGAAUUACAAAGCAAACCAGGGCUUCGAAUCUUCAAGAACGCAAUAUCAAAAGUACAACGUAGUGAUGACUUUUUUUUUUUUUUUAUUUCAAUCACUGAGAAUAAUGGUAAGUGGCAUCCAAAUUGUUAGUUUGUUGACUUUGAUACUUGUGAUAUUUCCUAAUGACUGAGCUUUUUAAGCCUUUUCCGUCCUAAUAAUUGGCUCGUGUUGACAAAUGAUCACAGCCUGUCAAAUCAUAAAUAAGACAUUACUCACAUCUAUGCCAAAACAUUAUCUGAAGAAAGAGCUGGCACAUUUCUCAAUCUGAACCCCCUUCGCUUGUUAUCAUGCACUGACUCCAGUUCGGAAAAAAAAACAAAUGGUCACAAACUGUUGCUGCGGAUGCUACAGAUGUCUUUAAAACAGCCUGACUAAUCCAAAACUAGUAAAUUAGUUCAAUUUGUGAUUUUGUUGGUUGUCUGUCAAGAAUAUAAGCAUGAAAUAAUGCUUCCAAACCCAGCAUUCAUUUCAGUUUAUGCGUCUCGGACAGGCUUUAUUAAUGAACUUGUCAUUAUCAAUAUGACUGGUAGAUGCAAUAAUAUAUGUAUGCACUGAAAAUACAAAGAGGUCUUGCAUAUUUAUGGUUAAGUGGAAAUGUUAAAAAUGAUCAGCAGUUCUACAGGAUAUUGUUCUAGAGCUGAGUGCCAUUCCAAUAUGACAAGCUUCUUCGACAAUAUCUGAAAACCUGAAUGUUAUUACAGUAAUAUCCUCGUGUUUUGUGGGGACAGUGUGAUCCACAAACAUUUUGAAACGUAAUUUUUGCUCAUAUAGAAAACUAUGUUCGAGUUGUUUUGUUUAAAAGAUAUUUAUUGCAUUUUUUGUAAUUACUUGUCGACAGGGCCGUCAGAUAUUUCCAAAAGAAAAUCUUUACACAAGCUUUACUGUUUGAAUUGUUAAGGUGUAGGAAACUUUGUCUAAUGUUGAGUUCUUGGUUUUUAUUACUAGGUAGAUUACCUUCCAUUGUUUAUAGAAAUACACAAAAAGAAAACAGAAAAAAAAAAUUCCUGUGACAUCUUUUUUGCAAUUGUACCGAAAGUGGCUUACUAUUGAAGUCUGAUAGCUUUUCUAGUGACUAGGCGCGUACUGUGGGGUAGCGCGUGAUGUGAUGUGUAAGUGACAAGUUGGCAGUGUCGUUCACUGUAUAGAUGUCAAUGCUGUGCUAUUUAAAACAAAUCUGUAGAGCUAAACUAGGUGGUGUAAACAAGGUCAAUUGUCUUUGUGCGUAUUGGCAUCUGUGAUAUCCCCCGCUUCCUUGGUGUUAGUUACAAAUCAUACUGUCAUUACUACAAGUUUACCAUAUUGAGCCAUGUAAGACAGAAUUUUGUGAAAUGGCGUUUGGGUAUUCAAAAAGCUGCAGCUUAAUCAACAUUAAUUCUGAAAGCUUCUACCUUUUUUCCUGAAGCUUACAGCGAUAUUGUCAUUUUCAGAAUCGGACUAGCGGUUGCACUUGGUGCUGGAUGCCCUCUAAAUACUUGGUCUGUAACCUGAAAGGAAAUGACUUCAUUAUUGGGAGGAUUUCAUUAUCAUAUUCAUUUCAGCCACUUAACUGGUCUGAAUUGGAGACGGGAAACCUAAUGAAUAACCUUUCAAAUUUCGCUUUCGACAGGAUAAAUGAGAGCAACCACAUUUAAGAGAUAACCUGGAGAUGCUUUCUCCCCUCCACCCCACAAAAAAAAAAAAAAAAAACUUUGUUGGAAAACAGUGCAGCGUCACUUGUAUGAAUUUACCCACUGGUCCUCAGAUUUUCCGAUUAAAAGCGGUAGGGUUUGAUGGAGGGUUUGUAUGCACUAAGCUCCUGCUUGUUUUGCUCAGGACAAAACAGGUCACUCUAAAAAUGAACAAACCAUUCUAGAUGAGAAGCAGGGAUGGCAGCUCUUUUCACUUUUUUUCUCCCUUUUUUUAUGAUAAGCAUGUCAUAAAGGGCUUCAAUCCACACACAGAAAGAGACACAUCAUGACCACACAGAAUUACAAUCAACAACAGCUGCCAGCAGCGCUCCUCUUCCUCCUCCUCCUCCUUCUUCUUCCUCUUCUUCCUCUGUGCCAAGUGUCACAUCACUCUCCUGGUCCUCUAAAAGGAAUUUACCAGUGAAGCUGUUUUUACACCUCAAGGUGAAAGUAGUCGUGUAAUGACAUUAACAGAAUGCACUCCAUCCAGAUCUCACUCUCCUGCUGGUCAGAACGUCUGAGGCGUUAAUCUACAGCCACUCCAAAACGACGCCUCAGCAAAAAAACAAAAAAACAAAAAAAACAAAAAAAAAAAAAACAACACUCCAUGCUCGAGACCUGGGUGCUGGUUAUACUGUCUGUGCGCAAGUAUCCUAUCCACACUUUGUCAACAUGCUUAGCUAUUUACAUUGACUGGUUAACUGUGGGAAAAAUAUAUAUCUGACUCUUGACAUAGCCCAGUAUCGAUGUUGACGUCCUUAUUGCUGUGGCAGUCUUGUGGAGUGAAUCUUUUUCGUGUCAAGUGUCUUUUAAAGGUGUUCGAGCGGCACCAUCGACCAAUCUCUCAAUCUCCGCAUAGAGAUGACUGUCUCUUUCUCACACAUACAGGUGUAUAGUAUGUAGCUACAGUAGGUAUUAAUGACCAUUGUGAAAAAGUGACCCUUAAUAUGCAACUCAGUGGAAAGGUGUGAAAGAGUAGAUGUAAGAGUAAUCAAUAUCGUCAAAGUGACUAUGGUCUGUUAUUUAAUAAUUCUUGCUGUUUUUUGUAGACUUUCUGUGAAUGUUUUCUUUCCUGUUUUCACCCUCGAUUUUUUUUUUUUUUUUAACAUCCCUAAAUGAAAAGGCAAUCGGUCCUUGUUCAUCGUGGCUAUCUUGUAAAUUAAAUAUUACACAACGUCUGAAAGGAAUGAGGGGACAGAUGCACUCAAGCCUUACUCACCAAUACUCUGGUCUUAAAUGAGCUGAUUUACCACAUUCAUAAAUCAGACGUCGGUGUCUGAUAUAUCAGUUUGUGCGCCGGCUGAAAUCGACGCUACAGUAUAUUCUGUCACAAGGGCCAUUUGCAAUAUCUUCUUUGAUUGUUUUAUUUAUUUAUUUUUUUUUAUGUGUAUGGUUGAGUGCGUGCGUGUCCGUACGAUUGAGGCUGCUCUGCUGCUACACCAGUCAUUAAUGCUCGUCGUUCGCUGUAGCAUCAUCCACAUAAAUUUCCGUUGUCAUCAUGUGUGGAGUGUGUAUUUAAAAUUGAUCUUAACACUGUAAUUUGUUCUGCAGAUUUUGUUUUUAAUUGGUUCUAGCUUUUUUUUUCUCCCCCCUCUUUUCCCCGUUCGUGUUUUGUUUUUGUUUGUUUUUUUUCUGUUUCUGUUUUAGAGAGGAUAAAUAACAGCACUUAUGUGGAAUUUAAUAGCUCUCAAAUCAUUGGCUUUUUCAUGAAAUUAUGCUUUGUAAACAGUUGACUGUGCAGUUUUUUGUUUUUUUUUUCCUCCAUGGAGUGGAUCUGUGUUUCGAAGGUAUAAAAUUCUGACUAAAGCGAGUAAUACAAAGUUAAUAAUCUGUUUUGUUAUUUUUCUGUAUGGGUUGUAAUAAAAUAUUGCAGUACUUUGUAUGAAAACAGACAAUAGUUAAUUGUAACUAUUUAUAAAUUAAAUUAUUGUACUUUUUUGCAAUCUGUAGAUAAGUACUAUGUAUUCAUAUAUACAGUAACAACUGUGGAUUUAAACGUGAUUCUCUGAGGUGUCUAAGUUAUUGAUGUAUAUAUUGUAUGUUUGUUGAUACAGCUUACUUUAUUUUCUAUAAGACCAAUAAAAUGUUUUGAAAAAGGC